UCCACGCAUUCAAGUGAACAGAGUUCGAAACAUAACUAAACAUCCAAUCUGCAAGGGUCUAAUUAAGCUUUAUCAAUGGCUAUUUCAAAGCUUUUGAUUGCUUCCCUGCUCUUAUCUCUUCUUGUGCUCCAUCUUGCCGAAGCUGAUCAGAAGGUGAACUCAAAUCAAGCUGCAAGCUAUCUUCCUGGAAACAGUAUCGACUGUGGUGGCGCUUGCCAUGGUAGGUGUUCGUUGUCCUCUAGGCCUCGUCUUUGCAAGAGGGCUUGCGGGUCAUGCUGUGCCCGAUGCAAAUGUGUCCCUCAAGGCACUUCCGGCAACCUGGAUACCUGCCCUUGCUAUGCCACCUUGACUACUCGUGGAGGCAGACGCAAGUGUCCUUGAAUCUAAUCAGCCCAUUACUAAAAUCCACGCCUUCUCUGCAUGUAUCAAGAAUUAAUAACCAUUGGAAUUCCAAAAAAAAAAAGAUGCGGAGGUGUACUUUCUUACCAGAUACGAGGGAUAUGUCGUUUCCUUUAUUUUUCUUUAGUUUGUAAUUUUUUUUCUUGAAUUAUUUGUGAUGAACAUUGAAUUGUAAUGGCAAAUGUUUGGAAAUAAAAUACCGGGUUUCGUUUU